AGGGAGUGGAGGACAAGGGAAGAGAUUGGGGUGUUUUAGGGAGCCUGCCAGACAGGCCUGGGCUUCAAGGAGGAGGAAAGGAAGCGGCAGACAGACCUGCACCAGCCUGGGCCACCAGCCCAGAGUUGUUGAGACACCAUGGGGGGGCUGGAAGGAGCCAGGCUGCUGCUGCUGCUACUGCUCUUAGGUGGGGCAGGGACAGCCUGGGAACCACACAAGGGGAAGUGCCCCCCAAGUUGUUCCUGUACCAAAGACAGUGCCCUGUGCAACGGCUCCCCCCAAGUGCCUGAAGGCUUCCCCCCUACCCUGCUGUCCCUGUCUUUGGUAAGAUCUCAAGUGACUCGACUUACCUCUGGCAGCUUCCUGGAGGUCCCCUCCCUGCACCUUCUUCUCUUCACAGCCAACACCUUCUCUAUGAUUGGAGAUGAUGCUUUUGCUGGCCUCUCCUAUCUCCGGUAUCUGUUCAUUGAGGACAAUCACAUCAGCUCUAUCUCCAAGAAUGCCCUCCGGGGGCUAAGAUCCCUCACACACCUGAGUUUGGCCAAUAACCACCUACAGACCCUGCCCAAGUUCCUGUUCCGAGGACUGGAGACCCUGAGCCAUGUGGAUCUUCGAGGAAACCCGUUCCUCUGUGACUGCCGCCUGCUGUGGCUGGUCCUGUGGCUACCCCAAGUGAAUGCCAGUGUGGCAGCUGGAGCCUGUGCAGGACCUAUGCCAUUAGCCAACAGACAGCUCCAACACCUGGACCCAGACACCUUUCACUGCAGGACUGUGGAGCUGUCCUGGUUCCAGACCCUAGGAGAACCGGCUCUUGGCGUGGAAACCUUCUCCUACCUGGGAGAGCCGCACGUGGUAUUGGCCCAGCCCUUCGCCGGCAGAUGCCUUUUUCUGGUCUGGGAUUAUACGCUGCAGCGUUUCCGACCUGAUGAAGAAAUCCCGGCGCCGUCGGUGGUAGCCUGUAAGCCCCUGGUGCUAGGCUCUCGGCUCUUCGUGCUGGUGGCCCGGCUGUGGGGGGGAACCCAGCUGUGGUCCCGCCCGAGCCGGGGGCUGCGUCUGUCGCCGUCCCAGGCCCUGGCCCCAGAGCUGCUGCUGAAGCCCAAUGAUGCCGAGCUGCUGUGGCUGGACGGGGAGCCGUGCUUCGUGGUGGCCGAGGUGUCCAAGGCCGGCCGCACCACCCUGCUGUGCCGCGACGGGCCCGGGCACGGCUUCUACACGCGCCAGAGCCUGCACGCGUGGCACCGAGACACGGACGCCGAGCCCCUGGAGCUGGCCGGGGAGCCGCACCUGCUGCUGGCCUCCGCCUCGCAGCGGCCGGUCCUCUACCGCUGGCAGAGCGGCCGCUUCUCUCGGCGCACCGACGUGCCGGAGGCCGAGGACGUCUACGCCACCCGCCACUUCCAAGUGGGCGGAGACGUGCUUGUCUGCCUGACCCGCUACCUGGGCGACUCCAUGGUGAUGCGCUGGGAUGGUUCCAUGUUCCGGCUGCUGCAGGCGCUGCCGUCCCGUGGUUCCCUCAUCUUCCAGCCGUUGCUCAUCGCUGGGGACCACCUAGUCCUGCUGGGGAGCGACUUCACCUAUAGCCUGGUGUUCCAAUAUGAGCCAGACGCGGGGCUCCUGAAGCUCCUGCAGGAGCUGGGGCCCCCAGUGCCCUCAGCACCCCGGGCCUUCUCCUUCAUCUCUGUGGCGGGCCGAAGGUUUCUCUUCACCGCCAAUUUCAAGGGCCCCACCCAAGUCUACCAGCAUCUCAUCCAGGACCUCAGUGCCUGACCAGGAAGGGAUGGAGGCCUCCUCUCCUUGUUCCAUGUGCCCAGUGAGGCUGGACACUCUUGUGACUGACAGGCAGCACCUCCACAAGGAAAGAGCCUGGGGCUGGGAAGUCAGGAGACUUAGGGUGGCUGGGCCACAUCUGAUGUACUGAGAGAGUCCAUUCGCUUGUUUUGACCCAAGUUUCCUUUCUUGGGAAAAACAAGAGGUUUGAACUAAAUGGGCUUUAAGGACCCCCCACCCCAGUUCUAGCAUCCUGUGAGUCUUUGAAAGCUGGGUGAGGAUGUUCCUUGGAGGAGUCUAGUGUGGCAAGAUGGAGAAUGCCAUGUUUGAAGAAGUCUUGGGUUCCAAUCUUUGCUCUGUUGUGCAGAGCCUGUUUCUUCAUCUAUAAAAUGUAGACAGUGGCAGGGAGUUGGACUGGAUAAUCUCUAAGGACCCUUCCUGCUUUAACUCCUACGAUCCAGAAGUCUAUUGGGACCAUCCCACAGAACAACCUCAGAUUUCGAGCCCAUGGCCCAGACUGUGCCCCGACCCUCCUGACCACUGAGGGGACUUGACCUCCUGAGAAACCACACAUUGAGUCCCGAGCAUCCCAAUCAGCUGGAAGCUGCGUCUGACAUGGUGGCAACUGGCUAAAGGCACCAGGAGCUGGAGGAAUGGCAGCGUAGACCACUGUGGCCAGCUCUGGGCUUGGAACCAGAAGAGCUGGGUUUGAAUCCUGUUCCUGACACUAAAUUGAUUCUGGGCACAUUUAAUGGCUCCAUGCCUCAGUUUCCAGAUCUGUAAGAUGAGGAUUAUCCCACUUGUGACCCUACCUCACAGGGGUGUUGUGAGGAAAGUGCUUUGUAAAUCUUCAGGCACAGGAACCUGAGUA